AUGGGCAAGAACGUCGACACAUCGAUCCAGGGCAAGGCCACGGGCUCUGCGGCGCAGGAGGUCGAGCGCCACUCAGGCGAGCACCCCCUCAAGCUGUACGCCGGCUGGUUCUGUCCCUUCGUACAGCGCGCCUGGAUCGUCCUGGUCGAGAAGAAGAUCCCCUACCAGUACAUCGAGAUCAACCCCUACAACAAGGACCCGGACUUCCUCGCUCUGAACCCGCGGGGCCUGGUCCCCACGCUCGGCGUGCCGACGGCCCAGGGAAAAGACCUCAAGCCGCUCUACGAGAGCUCCGUCAUCUGCCAGUACCUGGACGAGGCCUACGCCGACGAGUCCAAGCACGGCCCCGCUCUGCUGCCGGCCGACCCGUACGAGCGGGCCAGGUGCCGCCUGUGGAUGGACCACGUCGCGACGCGCAUCGUGCCCGGGUUCUACAAGCUGAUCCAGCACACGCCGCAGAAGGAGUUCCCCAUCGAGCGGGCGCGCGAGGAGCUCCACGGGCACGUCAAGACCCUCGUGCGCGAGAUGGACAGCAGUGGUGGCGGGCCGUGGUUCGCCGGCGGGGACUUCGGGAUGGUGGAUGUCAUGCUCGCGCCGUGGGCGCUGAGGCUGUGGCUCAUCGACCACUACAAGCCCGGCGGGUUUGGUGCUCCCAAGGUGGGAGAGGGCGGGGAUGACGAAGAGAUCUGGGCGCGCUGGCGGAAGUGGCUGGACGCCGUUGAGAACCGCGAGAGCAUCAAGGCGACCUGCAGCGUGAGGGAGCAGUACAUUGAUGUGUACAAGCGGUAUGCGGAUGACACGACUAAUUCGCUGGUGGCGCAGGCAACAAGGCAAGGGAAGAGUCUGCCAUAG